GGUAUGUAAAUCUAUACAUUUGCGUUUCUGCAGAGGUUCAACAUGGCCGUUGCAACCUGCGAGAGUUGCCAUCGACGAGCUCACGCGACGAAAUCCUUAGACGAGAGAGAAGUACUGAUGCACAGAACACUGACUGCCGAUCCCACUGUUGUUCACUGAUUUAGAGCAUAAUCCUUCAUGCCGACUAUCUUUUUUAUCUCUACCAUUCCGCGAGCGAUAGCCGCCAUGAGGAGACAUCUUUGCGAUCAUGUUAAAUCCAUUCUAUUCUUCUCCUUCCUCACGCUUCUAGCCUCCACUUCUCUCGCUUACAGGCCGGGCGAGAUCGUUCCGAUGAGUAAGGCGGGCCAAUACCACGGAUCAAGAACGGUAUGGCAAGAUUUGAUUGGACGCCACUGUCCAAUCUUUGCGGUUAAUCGCGAGGUUUUGAUGCCGAUUGCAAAGCCCACUGGCUUCACGGGUGCUGAUCCGUAUAAAAUAUCAUUUCAAGUUGGAAAUGAGAAAUUUUAUAUUCCAUGGCUUUUGGUUUUGAAUCGAAAGAGUACUGAAGUUCCAAUGAUUGAUGUACAUUUGAGGUAUAGCGGGAGUGAUUUGCAUGGCGUGAUGGCUAAAGUUUUGGACAUGCCUCACCAUUAUAUUGAAGUUCAUGAAGAGAUACACAAGCAUUUUUGGGACCCAGAGCAUUGGCCAAAACACAUACUAGUCAGAUACACAUGGGAGGAAAAAUCAGAAAUAGAUGUCUCCGCAGGAUUUUAUGUAUUGUUUGGAUCAGGUGUCGUCAAAUGCCCCAGAUGGGGAAGGAUGAUCAUGCGGAUGAGGAGAAACAUACUCGGUUGCAACAGAUGGGAAUGCUUUGAAGGCGAAGGAAGAUCAAGGGGAGUGUAUAUUAGAGGUGCUUGUCCCUCCCCUUCAAGAGUUGAAUCAUGCUGCAAUAGCCUCUUGAAGUCGCCCCUACAGUGAAUGCAAUUGAGCAGGUGGCGCAGUUAACCGAUCUGUGGUGAGAGAUCGCCAAAUUGAAAAGCUUCAAGAUCAAGUUGAUUCCAGUUGCAUGAGCUAGCUCACGGUUGGAGGAUAGUUCUUACUGCACCAACUCAUACGGUGGAUUGAAUACACAAAGAUCAUUUGAAUCCCUAUAUAAUGUUUUUAUUUUCAUCUUGAUUCCCUGUAUUUGUUUGCCUUAUUAGAAUUGAAUCAUUUGUAAUAAAUAUUAUCCCACAGUUGAAUAGAAGAUUUGGUUGCGA